CCCUCCCGGCACGGACGUAGCUCUACAACGUCACCAGGAACGGCGCCUUUCCGCCGCCCGCCCUCCGCGCACGGCGCGUCGAGCCUCGCGCCGCCGCCGUUGCGGGAACAAAGGAGGGAAGCGGCGGCGGCGGCGCCGCCAGCUCCGCGCCCGCCGUCCCCGCGCUCCCGACAGCCCCUCGGAGCCACAGGCAUCGACUUCUCCGACACUCACCGCGGGGUUUCAGGACCCCGCCGGGAACAGCAUCGAGAUGACUCAGGAGACAAACCAGACCCCAGGGCCUAUGCUGUGUAGUACAGGAUGUGGAUUUUACGGAAAUCCUAGGACAAAUGGGAUGUGUUCGGUUUGCUACAAAGAGCAUCUUCAGCGACAGCAGAAUAGUGGUGGUAGAAUUAGCCCAAUGGGUAAGGGAACAGCCAGUGGUUCCAACAGUCCUACCUCAGACGCUGCAUCUCUACAGAGAGCAGACACUAGCUUAAACAACUGUGAAGGUGCUGCUGGCAGCACAUCUGAAAAAUCAAGAAAUGUGCCUGUUGCCGCUUUGCCUGUCACACAGCAAAUGACAGAAAUGAGCAUUUCAACAGAGGAUAAAGUAACGCCGAAAACAGAGAUGGAGCCAGUUGUUACUCAACCAAGCCCAUCAGUUUCUCAGCCAAGUACUUCGCAGAGUGAAGAGAGAGCUCCUGAACUGCCCAAACCAAAGAAGAACAGAUGUUUCAUGUGCAGAAAGAAGCUUGGACUUACAGGAAUUGACUGCCGAUGUGGAAACUUAUUCUGUGGACUUCACCGUUAUUCUGACAAGCAUAACUGCCCGUAUGAUUACAAAGCAGAAGCUGCAGAAAAAAUCAGGAAAGAGAAUCCAGUUGUGGUGGCUGAAAAAGUCCAGAGAAUAUAAAUUAACCUGCUGUGAAAAGACUGACUUUUUGUUUUGUUUUGAAUAUAUCCUAGGAAAACACGGAAGAGCAGGUGCAUGGCCGUUUUCCUCUGUUCUCCAAAGUUUUACUUUCAGUCUUGUCUGUCUUCAUGAUAUUUCAGAAUGUUUGCGUGUGUGUUACAGGCAGAAUUGGAUAGAUACAGCCCUUGAAAAUCUGUAUGCCCUCCCCAGAAUAUAAUUGGAUGAUCAGAAACCUGCACAUGAAUACACAUAUGCAGAGAGGACAGACUCUCUAGUUCACAGUGCCAAACAGAUAUAUGCUAUCAGUGUGUUUGUAGCAGAUCUGCUAUUUGAGAUAUGUUUGAGGUAUAUAAUCAUGGACUAGUGUUAUGUGCCUGUUUUGGAGAAGGAUACAUCAAAAAGGUUGGCAGUGUACUUCUGUCAGUUAAAAUCUCAUUCUAGUUUCCAUGCUCCAUUGUUUUCCAGCAGAAUGUAAGCUAUGUAGAGGGAUCCAACAGCCCAAUAAGAUCAUGGAGUACCAGGUUGGAAGGGACCACAAGGUUCAUCUGUUCCAACAUUUCCUAGCAAAAGCACAGUCUAGACACGAUGACCCUUUCCAGCUGAAUCUUAAAAUUGUCCAGUGUUGGGGAAUGCACUGCUUCCCUGGGGAGAUUAUUCCAAUGGCUAAUUGUUUUCAUGGUAAAAAAUUUUCUUCUUGUAUCCAAUUGGAAUCUCUCCAGAAGUAGUUUGUACCCAUUACUCCUCAUCUUUUCCAUGUGGCUCCUUUGAUGCCAUAUUUAAGACAGUCACUUAUCAGUUGCACUGAGAAAAAUGGAAAAAAUCAGAUUUAUACGAUAAGAAAAUUAUUUGGAAAAGAUGAUUGCAUUAACUUUAAAAUAAUGAAAAUAGAUUCCUGAAGGAAAUGUCCUGGUAGGCACUUAUGAAUUAGCCUGCAAUAGAGUUGUCUGCUUUCCCUUGCAUAGCUAAAAAUGUUGUGUAGCACAAUAUUUUAAGAUUGGUUUACAAAAAUGUCACAUAUGUUUUUAGACAUACCACAGCAGCUCUAUCAAGCAAUGUGUCUGACUAAGUUGCUGAAGUAUUAGAGCUGUUUAUUAUUCAUGUACUACUUAGGUUUUAUGUGCUCUGAGUUGAAAAGAACAUUAGGAGUUUUUUUUCCCUAGUUUUAAAUGUUAACAGCUGCACCAUUCUGCAUGGAAAACCAUAGUCAACAUGGCUGCUGUAGACUUAAGUGGUAGCUGGAACCACUCUUGGAGGGCUGCUUUACCAUUUUUAAUUGUACUUGGGUAUAGGACUGUAGUGUUCUUGGGUGUAUUGCAUGGGCUGCAUUAUCUACAGCAUUGUACAGUAACAACUCUAGAAAAGGCAGUAUACUUCACUGAUGCUUGUCUGGUAAUAUCACUUCUGUGUUAUAAUGGAAGGGUUUUUUGUGAUGUAUGAGACUUGUGUUUUUUAUAUAAACAAGUACAGUUUAGACUAGUGUUGUGGUAAUGCCUGUUUUCAUCUGUAAAUAAUUACGUAUGUACACAAGGGACUACUCCUGAACUUCUGACUUUUGUUGCAGUAUUCAUUCUUAGUUUUUACUUGACUAUUAAAAGCAACAGAUUUUUGCUUCUAACUUUCUGAGUUAUUAGAUAUGCAAACAUGUACAGAUAGUUCGUAUUUAUGUAUUGCACAUAAUCAUGCUACCGAGCAUCUAUGCUAUAUUGUAUUAUGUAAAUAAUAAAAAUGUACAGAAGGAAA